AAUGACUUGAGUGGUGUUGUGUUUUCUGAAUUACAGUUGCACAUGUGUAUCUUGUGAUUUAUAAAGGAGCUUGUGUUAAAGGUUGUACAUAAAAACAAAUUUGCAAAAACACGAUAAUUUCUGAUUAUAGUUUAGGGAUAUUAGUCUCUUUGUAGCUGAUCGAAAGGUUUGGGUGUCUUGAGUCUUUGUCUUGUGUCCUAAGAAGGAAAUGACCGGGUGGGGACUUUCUGGAAAGGGACGCAGCCAGUAUUUUCAUGGUGGCACUUGUCCCGCCGCUCACCUGUCAGUGACACUGACGUGAACGGGUACGUUUGAUGUAAAUUCCACACAACAUUUUUAAGAUGCAUUGUCCCGUCCGUCUGAAUCCUGAAGGCUUACCGAACCGGUUAAAAUAGGAUGUCAACAAGUGACGCAGGAGAGCUGGAGCUCAGAGUUGUAGGAGGAGAUACAGCUACGCCUCUGUACAGGACAGCACGAGCAACACGGAAUACAACUGCACGAGAACAGCGGGAUGAAACAUUCGGUGAAAGGUUCAAGCAGGAGAAUCAUCAUGAUGAUGAAACCAUAACCGUACAGCAGUCUCACCCAUCAGCCUACCGACAGGAAGAAGCACACAAAGCACCAAGAGCAGGCAGACUAAGAAAGGAAGAGGCUGCUCAUUGUGGUGAUACAAAGGUCCAGAACCAGAAGCAAAUUGGACCCAGAUUCACCUCCAGCUUCUUCCUUAGACUCUCCAGCAAACAAAGCCUUGACAACCCACAGCAAAGACCCAAGAAGAAUUCAGAUCCCUGUCUACACAGAUUAACUGAAACACAGAAGGCUGAGACUGAGAACAGCAGCUGUCAGGUUAAUGGACAAACAUCACCAACAGACACCUCUAUAAAGGUAACCAGUGACUCUCCAUUAUCUGAAAGGAUACCAUUUCCAGCAAAGAAGGAAGGGGUUUGCAAUGAACUAAAGACUACCACGGACUUGAGUAUAACUCACAGUUUCUCAAAUGGGAAGUCUGGCACACAUGAGCGCAAUGGCGUGCCUAUACUUUCAUGUGGGUCACAACCAAGGACUAGCACUAGAUCAUUUGAGUUAGAACAUAUACAAGACCAUACAAAGAUUGAGAAACAAACUGAUCUUGUGGAACUAUACAACCCUACUCAAACCAUGUUGUCUUCAACUGUGGUAACAGUUCUUGCCCCACACUGGAGUGGCAGACUAAGACGGACCAAAAGAUUUGAGGGAAAUAGCACUUCAGAAACCGUGGGGAAUUUACGAGAUGUGACGAACAUUGCUUCAAACCGCACACAUGACCUCUUUCAAGACACUGUGGACAGGUCCUUGACAGAUGGGUCUCAAGCCCAAACAAGGGUGCCAUUUUUGGGGACCAGGAGGAAUACAGUUGGCUGGUCAACUAAAAGUGGUCCAGCAAGCUUGGACUAUGAAUCUAAGAGGAAAAUGAUUCAGACUGUCUCUUUGGAUGUAAACUCUGGAAGGAUGAACAAUAGAAACAUAGAUGCAGGUGCUUUAAACCAUGUAGCCAUAACUGCAUCCCCCCUGUCCCCCCUCUCCCAUGGUCCAAAUGAACAAAGAAGGAAUCCACAAACAACUGGUCAUCAAGGAGCACUGUCAUCUUUAAGCUCAAAACCAACCACCAGCAGUCUACUUCUGUCGCUAAGAAGAUUAAACUCAAAUGGCAGGAACUCUAAUCCAGCCUCCAACCUCUCUGAGAUAAAUCCUUCGCUUCUGAGCAAUUUGCCAAGUGAUCGAGAGGGAAAAUUAUUUACAACACACCUUUCUCAAACUUUUAACAAUAAUAAUGAGCAAGAGAGGUCAAAGCCCCUCCUCUCUCCAUCAUCCAUUUCUUAUAGAACUGAAACUGGGCCUUUCCUUUCCCAGUCAUCCUCCAAUCACAGAGAAAGGAAUAUAUUUGAAACACGCAUCUUUUCAACUUCACCCAGAAACAAAGACGCAGAAGACACGCCCUUCACCCAACAACCUCAAACAAUAAAUAGGACACAGCCUAGUCUAUCAUGUUCCAAACAGGCAUUUCUAAGUAGAGCAUCAGAGAGGCAACAGAACUCCAGGGGUUUAGACAAAAGUACAAACCUACUCUCAGAGAGCACUGUCACUUCACCGAGACAUUCCCCAUAUGAUCAAUCUGCCCUCCCUAGAAGGACAACACUGGCAUCCACUUCCUGGUGGAAACAAGUUACCCACGAGGGCAGUUCCCCUCUAACACUUAAUGAUACAACGAACAUCAAAGACAAGCCAAACACACACUUAGUUCCACCCUGUAAUGAUAAUAGUGACUUGGCCUCCAUAAGUCUGACCGACAACAAAAGAUUUGGUAGUCAAAUCCCCAAUAACAGAGACAACAAUAACACAACAGAGUCAGUUCGCAAAAGUAACAUGAACCUUGUUAUGAAAACACAAGGAGGAACUCACAACCUCAAACAAAGAAACGUUGAGGUUUUACCUGACGAAUCAGACAGGCUUGUCAAGCAGCAUUAUGGCUUCAAUUUAAACAGAGAACCACAAAAGCCUCAUAGUUUGCCCGAUGUUUUGUCUAGUUCUAAAAUUAGCAAAGCAACACUGAGUCACCCUAAAGAUCUCAGCAAGCAUGAUGUAAGUAAUAGUUCAUUUACAGCAAAUGUAACUGAAUUACCACCUACUUCUCUACAUUCCAAGGCCUCAAAUACACCCACUGAGAGCAGCAGCAAACACAAUAAUCAUUGUACAUCUAAAACCAACAGCACCCCCAUAUCUCCUCACAUCAAAGACUCUCAAAAGUUUACCAAACCAUCUAUCUGUCUUGCUACCACCAGCACUCACAGUAGUCAGACUUCCUUUAUUCUUCCCCUAACCCCAAACACUAGUUCCUCCUUUGACUCUCAUCCAGUUGCUUCACAGACCAAUAUUCAUGCUCCAUCAUACACUGGCUCUUCUUCCCAAACACCCAAAUUCACCUACACAUCCAACGCCACACCUCUUGGCUUUGAAAGAAGCUAUGCUUCUGUUCCCAGGCCAUUCCAUCCUAAAACUGUGCCCAGUCUGAAUCCCCCAGUCAGUGCUUUCUCUAAAACAAAGUACAGUCCUGUAUCCACUGCUUCCACCACCUCUUCUGCUACCGCUGGCAGCUAUGCCCCAGCCUCAGUUGCCCCUAGCCUAUCCCUUCGCAUGCCUCCGUAUACUCCUGCUAUUGCAUCUUCUCCAACCAUCACCAUUUCCCCUCUCUUAACCCCCCCUGCCACCCCUAGCAUUACCAGCCCCAGCUAUUCAGAGACUUCCAGCCCUAAGGAAGGGAAGACAUUCUCAAACAGCCCAGAAAAAACAUCAAAGAAACUGCUUCCCUGUGUAAAGGGUAAGAGAGUGAGACGAGUAACAUGGGAUGACUCGGUGGAUAUACAGCAUUCUGAGCCCAUGGCAGUUGAGGAGCCAGAGACCUCUGCAGUCCCAGUGAGCCCCCAAUCACCCUCCGGAUGUCCACGAAGUGUUAAAGCUCCAUCCAUCUUUUCCUUUCUAAGGUCAAGCAGUCCUGCCACAAAUACGUCUUCUUUUUGCUCCCCUUCGCCUAAGACUUCCAGCAUACAGGUGGUGAAAGGAGGGAAGUAUCGAUCCUUAUCAUCUGACUCUGCUGAUUUAGCAUCCAGAGAACGAGAGAGAUCUAAGAACAGAUCUAAUGACCAUAUGAUCUUUGAUCAGGGAAGACGGGACUUGACCACAACCAGACAGGAGAGGACACUAUCAGUGGAGUCUGGCUCUGUUCAGUGCCGUUCUUCUGCUCCUCCCUCUCUCCCUCCUGACUUUUCAAGUGGUUAUAAGCUUCGAUAUAGCUCCCCACCUUACUCCACUCUCAUGUCUACUCGGUCAACACAGGGAGACACUAAGACUAUAACACCCAGAUCACCCCUCUUCCAACAAAACUCACAGUCAAAUUAUAACCCACAUCUUCCCAGACAUACUGACCCACUUGCAGCCAUGACCAUACCCACGUUCAAAUCCCCUCUUUCACCUAUGAGCCUACCACAGCCCCUGACUUUGCCUUUCCAAAACAAAACUGUCACCCGAGAAAGUUCAAAGUGUGGGGUUUCAGAAAUUGAUCAAGUCAACAAUAAUCACAGCAAGAACAACAACCAAGAUUACCGGAAUGGCCAGAUUUUACUUGUUGACAACAGAGUUCAGAUCAGCCCACAGUCUCUGCAGGGUGAUAAGGCCCACAACUCCUCCUCAACGUGUGUAACUGAGACACUGGUUUACAGCAUAAAAUCGAAAGUAAAUACAUCUACAGCUACACCUAAACCAUUGCAACAUACCGCAAAGACACCAGUUUCUGUGGAGACCAAGUUAAGUCAAGAGCCACACAUGGCACAGGGUAAGGAAACCACAGGUGGACCACACAAUCAUUCAGAACACAGCUCCAGUGCUAGCAGCUCAACAGAGCCCCCUGAUGAUGAAAGCUCUUCCAGAAGAAUGAAGGAAAGUCUUCUGGGUAAAAGCAGAUUUUUUUCAGUGGAGAGUAACAAUGAACAAAGCCCAAAGAGAAGCCGGUUUGCACUGAAAAAAAGUGUCAGCACACCAAACUCCAGUUUAUCAAGGUCAGAGUCAGAGAGGACCAACAAGACUAAUAACAAAAUGGACCAGGUCCUUAACAGACUGAGACAAACGUUCAGCACUAGACGGUCUGAUGAUGAUGUAUUGUUUCCAUGGAAAUGGAAGCGAGCCUCCCAAACACCUUCUAUUAGUGGAUCAAGUGACAUCAGCAGUGUCGGUGAUAUCACUGUUGAGAGUACCAAAACACCAGAGGAGAGUGAGCAGGAGAAAGGGAUGGUGCUGAAGGACAAUGAAAAGGAAACAGAGGGUACGAAUAAAUGGACACAAAACAGGUACACUCUUAUACCACCCUCAGCUUCUGUGAGCACAGUGGCAGUAGAUAAGUUUUGCAUUUGGUCAGACAUAUCUACUCCAGAAACUGACCUAGACGAGCAAAAUGCAUGUGCAGAACACAUGUCUGAAAAUAAAAACCAACCUUAUUUAACAGUCCUCAGCCCAACAACACAGCAGUUUGACUUUUACAAAGACAACAGGACAGAUUCUAAACCAACAAACCAGAUCCUUUCUUGUAAAGAUCCCAGUCCUGGUAGGAGCCCUAACCCCUCUGCUUCUCAGUUCAUGAAGUCCACAUCCAGUCCCAGAAGCCCCUUCUCCCCAUUCUCCUCUCUUUCCCCUCUCUCCCCAUUUCCCUCACCUGAUGUUACAGACGACAGUGUCUUCUACAGCCCAAAGCUACAGCGUCGCAGAGAAUCCUCGUCACCAUGUGAGCCAGUAGAGGGAAUCAGUUUGGGUAGGUCAAGGAGAAGCCGGGCAUCCACUGGUCCUCCAAGUGCAGGACAAGGACAGGACAAGGAAAGCCUGGCAUCCUCCUAUGCAGACUUAAAGUAUGGCAUUGAGCCUGGGAGGUCAUUUUCUGUGAGUUCGGUACUGUCCAGUCGACCUUCAGGGCCUGGUCGCAUCUCCACUGGAUCCAGGUUCAUGAGUGUGGGUGAUCUCUCUGAAUCUGCUUUGACUUGUGGAGUCACUGGCAAGGACUUGGAUCAGUGGUCUAUUACUCCUGAUUGGACCACAGAAUAUGAUUUCCACCCCACUAAGGAUUGUCGAAUGUCAUAUUUCCCCAGUGAACCUGGUAAAAUGAGGUCGAGAUCUCUUCCACGAUCACUAACCAGGCGGUUGGCAAAUUGGAGCUCUGAAGACUCUGCUUCUUUACCUGUAACUACCACAACCUCAAAGCCAGCCCGCCUUUGGAGCCCUAACAUGAACACUUGUCACUUUGCAUGGGAUACAGAAAGUCCUCCGACCCCACCUCCAACACCUCCCCUGUCACCAGUGUCCAGACGCAUGUCUAAACCUCCCAGCCUUUCCUCCCCUACCUUUCCCAGCUCAUCAGGAGAACCACAACAAGUGGACAACCAGUCCUCCAGAGGGCAUUUGCCCUCCAGAGGUUAUGUAUCCAGCCUUAGCACCUUUGAGGAGUCUUCAGACAGCAGCUCAGACACGACAACAGAUGAUGAAUAUUACUUAGAAACAGGUGAAGAUGAAGAAAAAGAGACAGAAUUGUAAAAGCAACAUUGCUGAAAGUCCUCCCUGCUGUCUAGUCUCAGUAAUCCUGGUCUUCAGUAUCUAGAAAAAGUGGAGAAACAUCCACAAGAAGAAAAAUCUAUUAUGUAAAGUGAUUUCUGCUUGUCACCUUUAUUUUAGUUUACUGUCAUUGUCACAAAGAAGAUGUGAGGUCAGUAGGGACAGUUUGUUGCCUGCAUGAUUUACUUUUAAAAGUGGUGGUUGUUUUCAUGUAAAAAAGACAUUAAAUGAGCAAGCAUGAUUAUCUGCAUAGGUUUAAUGAUGAUAACGUAUGUACAGUGGACUGCAGAUAUACAAUCUAGGGAUAGCAAACAUUUAACAGUUACAGUUGCAUGGCAUCAGUGAGGGAUGUACAUCUGUUCAGUUGUUAAAUUGAUCAAACUACUGUAUACGGUCUGGAUUUUAACAUAAGGCUUAUCUUUUGGUUUGCAUUUCAUCCUGCUACUUAAUAAGUAGUGCUGAGGUAAUACGGACAAAUGAUAUUUCAUUAUAUGUUUUUUUCUAAGAUUGAAAUUAAUAAUGGUAAAUGUUGUAGGCAUAAAGCAGGUACAAUUUAUUUUCUUUGCUGCAUUGUUUAAAGGGCAGUUUAAGUCCAAGUGUUUUGUAUUCUGGGAUCAAAUCUAAUCAUAAUGUGUGUUAGCAUUAACAUCUGUUUUCAAACAUUGUAAAGUGCUAUACACAGUGCUUGUUCCUAUUUGCACAUUGACAAUCUAAAGUCUUAAUAUAUCUGUUUUAUAAAUAAAUGUUAUAUUUCCAACAAGAAA